UAGGUCUAACAAAAAAGUUUGCAAGGUUAUUGCGCUGCUAUAAUAAAACACAUUUUAGAUACUAAUAUAACAGAAAUUACGCAAUUUAAUGUAAAUUAUUAUAACAACCAAUCCACAACCAGACGUUGAAAAAUUUAAAUCUCAAGCACUGCCAAACAUGACGCCUGGAACAAACAAAAGUCAGAGUGCAAUUUAUCGCAUGGCCACCCUCCCCGUGGUAAACUCGGCGUAUGUGCUUGUAUCCGUGCUUUACUGUGACACAAAGCGCACACACCCCUACAUCAAGUCCAUGUGCGAGGUGGUGGAGACCGGCGUGAAGAGCAUAAGUUCAGUGGCUUAUGAAGGCGCCGCUCCCAUCUUUUUCAAACUGGAGCCGCAAAUUUUGGUUGUGAAUGAGCUUGCAUGCAAAGGUUUGGAUAAGCUUGAAAGCGCUUUCCCAGUCCUUCACAAGCCUUCCGAGCAGAUUGCCUCCAGUGCCAAGAGUAUGAUGUUGGAAGCGAGAGCAGCAAUGUCCAUCGCGAUCCACGGAGCCAAGGACUGUGUGUUAUACUCCAUCGUUGGUCUGGCUGGGAGAACGAAAGAAGUGUUGACAGAGACCUUUGUGCUGAUAGAAGCUCGUGGGCUCAAUGUCGUGCCCAUCAGGAAAGCCGCCCGCCUGGCUAGCGACGGACUGGACUCUGCAUUGAGCAUGUCUGAAAUCCUGGUGGACCAAGCCCUUCCACCAACCGAUGAAGAGAUGGAGGAACAGGUGAAGACGGUGAAAGGCUUUGAACUGGUUCCAGCCAGACCCGGCAACUCCGCCCGUCUGGUGUCCCUUACAACCAAACUGUGCAGGAGAGCCUACCGCCAGACAGCGGCCAAUGUGCACUCCGUCAGAGUCCACAGUCAGGAGUCAGUCUCCCUGCUCCGACACAGCAUGGACCUGGACAAGCUGGGCGGAUUGUUAAGAUGGACCAACCUAGGGAAGCAGGAAGUCAAGGAGACGGAGAAAGACGUGUUCCAUGGUCUGGUAGCAGCCGCAGGCCACGACAGCCAGCUGCAGACCAGCAACUUCUCCCUGAGUUGGAACCUCAACAACCUCCCCAGCCACCUCCAACAGCAGGUGCUGUGCAUGCUGCUAUGUGCCUCCCAGAUCUACAACAACUUCAGUGGGACCGCUGCCCAGGACCACACACUCACUCUGGCUUCCCUGGAUGGAAUCCUGGACUACCUGGUCCACAACACACCCCUCAACUGGCUGGUGGGGCCCUCCUUCCUCAGGAAGGGCCCUGUUUCUCCCAGCUCUCCCGAGAAGGCUUCUAGCAAAGCGUCCACAUUCCAGAAGAGGCGUAGUGCUCCAUUUCUCCAGCAUUACUGAUGCAAUUCAUAUUCUGGAAGUCAGGUGUUUAAUAAAUAUACAAUGCAUGUUC